ACUGCUCAAGGAGGUAAUCAAUCAAUCAACCUCAUUAGCCUCCAGUCCAGGAGCAAUUCGCUUCGUGACCCUACGUGGCUUAAUUGAUUAUUAGUACAAGUUUAUUGGUUUUGACUGGCGUGAGUCGAAAUGGAUGACGACUGUGCUGAAGCUUUUGACUGUCCAAGCCUUCUGUGUGAGGAACUGGAGGAUUUGGAAACAAAGAACGACCAAUGGAGUAUGAGGAGGAGGAGGGAAGGAGAGGAGGAAGUGUUUAAUCAGAGUGAGGAUGAAGAGGCAGAAAGAAAGUUGUUGUUAUUGAAAGUUGUUGUGUCAGGAGAGGAAUUGAUGGCAACAGAGGGAGAAGAGGAGGAGCAGGUGAAGCCAGAGAGUAGGCUGGGAGCGGAGGAGGCACAGGAGGUGCAGAUGGAAGACAACAAGAUUGAGAACAACAAGGAAACGAUCGCUGAUAAGCAAGAGGACAAUGAAACUAAAAGUCUUGAAGAGAAAGAUGAGAAGAAAAAGAGUAGAAAGAGGCGAGGUAAGAAGCAAAGUGAGAGAGUGAGAAACAGGAGAAGUUUAAAAGAUGCUGGUGAGCCGUUUGAGGAGGAAAAGAAGAAUCAGAUACAGGAGGCGUCAGCGAGGACCUCAGAGGAGAGCUCAGCUCUGUCAGAGCCUCCAAUUGGACUGAUGAACAGCUGCGACUUAUCCGAUCCUGUCUACCUGGGUUGUGGGGAGACAGGGCUGUAUUGCCCCCCAGUCCCUAUUCCCCUGCUGUACUCCUCACAACCUCCAGUCCCGAUCCAAACUGCACCUCCACAGCCCCACGGGACAAAAAGGCCACACAGCCCUCCUCUACCUCACAGUCUCCCCCAGCAGGGUCCACAGCCUCUCGAGAUGGAGAUAACCCAGGUCUACUCCACCCGACGCUCCAUCCGCUACAGUACCAGGGGCCGAGGCCGAGCCCUGAGCUUCUCUCUGCUGCCGGGGUUAGAGACUGUAGACAGCUGCUUGCUGCCGCCUGCACCGAAGAAGAAAACACGAACGCUCUACAGUACUGAUCAGUUAGAGCAUUUAGAGGCCUUGUUCCAGGAGGACCACUAUCCUGACGCAGAGAAGAGGAAAGUCAUCGCUGCUUCAGUUGGUGUCACACCUCAAAGAAUUAUGGUCUGGUUUCAGAACCGCAGAGCUAAGUGGAGGAAAGUGGAGCGCUCCAUCACAGCAAAGGUUGAACACAGACAGAGUAGAGCUGGAUACAGCAGCAGCCCCCUACAUCACCAAAUAAAUCCCACACUAGCACCCCACAGUAAGGGAGCUCCUUCUUUUACUGGGCACUUUGCCACCAAGCUGCCUCAGCUCACCCCUGCAGCACCUUCUUUCCCCACCCUGUCCAACCAGACUCCGCCCUCCUACAGCAACCUGCUGGCCAGCCUCAACAGCCCAGGUCAAUCCAGAGUGAGAGAUGGGGGCCAGCACCAGCUUUCCUCUCAGGGGGGGUUGGGAGAGUACCACCCCCGCCCCAUGCACAGCCCUCCUCCCCUGCGGCGAGCCAGUCUCCCCCUUUUUACAACGACCUACAACCCUGCCAACCCCACUCCACCUCUCCUUAACACCCUGGCUCACACUCCACCCCUGUUCCUGGAUGCUCUGGAGGGUGGCUCCUCCUUGGCCCAUCGUGACUCCCAGUCUAUGCAGACUGACACCAGUUCUCUAUUUGACUUUGGGGAGAAGCUCGACUAUCUGACCUCAAACCAGCAGAACAAUGCUCUCUCCUACCAGCUCCAGACCUCCUACCCUACCAGCCAGCCCCAGCACCAACCUCAAGCAUCUCUGCCACACAUGGCCUACCUCACCCCCUCCCCCUACCUCACCCCCAAACCUCCAGAUUCCAACCCUACCUCCUACCUGACCUUUGGCCCCGGAGGAAACUCUACUGGGAUGGUGACCUACUCCACUGGAGGCCACGCCUACUUCCAGUCCCAGAGCGCAGGACAAAUCCUGCUGCAGUCGGCCAGUCAUCAUGGUGGGAUCACAGCGUACCAGUCGUACCCGUGGGGUAGCAUGUACAGUCAACCAGCCAUCCACCAGCGUACUCAGUGCCCUCCAACUUACCCUGCCAGCUUGGGAGGUGCUCGAGAUCACCAGCCGCCCUCCUCCACCACCCUGCCUCCCCCUUCAUUCUUCACCCGGGGGGACCAUGGGCCCUCACAUGCAAACUCCCAGCGCUCAUCACACACCCAUACACACACCACCACCAGUAGCAGCACCACCGUCCUCCCUCCUGUUUCCUCUCUGCGGCCCUCUUGCCUCAGAGUGGAGAGCACUCCAACCAAGGCUGCAUCCCUGCUGCCUUCUCAGGUCAGCCCUGCCUCUCCAGAAAGCCCUCCAGUGCCACCUUGUGUCAAGAUAGAGUAUGACAGCCCUCGAGAGAUUCACAGCCACUUCCACUGCGACUUCUCCCCCAUACAUUUUUGAGUACAUGUUUGUGAGUGUGUUUGAAGUAUGUGUGUAAAUAUAUCCAGUGUAAAUGUGAGUGUUUGUGUAUUUUCCAUUUGUAUUACUAUUAGGAUGUUCUCAGUAGAAAUAUCAAUGUUAUCAGGUUUGGUUGGGCUGCAUUUAGCUUGGCUGCAAUAAAUGCUCAUUGCUCUGUUAA